AAGGAGAAAGGGGAUUGUGCUUCCAGUGGAGGAUUUGGAAGCUGGAGAGCCGUCAGAAGCGCUCCCGGAGAGACAGGGUUGUGCCAUUUGUUUGCAUGCAGUGCAGAAGAUGAUGUCCUUCUCUGAGUCUGGGUUGUUGCUGCCCUCUGGAGAAACAGAGAGAGCUCAGAUGCUCGUCACCUUUGAAGAUGUGAUGAUUUUCUUCUCAAAGGCCGAAUGGUCUCUGCUGGACCCAAACCAGAGAGCUUUGUACAGAGAAGUGAUGUGGGAAAAUUAUGGGGCUUUGGCUUCACUGGGGUUUCCAGUCCCCAAGCCUGACGUAAUUUGCAGGCUAGAAGAUGGGGAAGAGCUGUGGGUGCUGGAUUCUUGGAACUUGGAUGUGACAGAGAUCUCCAGCAUAAACUCCGGGGCUGUGAGGAAAAAGAUCACAUGCGAUGAGUGUGGGAAAUGUUUUACUAAGGAGUGUAAUCUUGCAAGGCACAAGCAAGUCCACACAGCAAAGAAACCAUAUGAAUGCCUGGAGUGUGGAAAAGGUUUUGCUCAACAACCACAGUUUCUGAAACACCAGCAAGGCCACAGCCAAGAGAAACCCUAUACCUGUGAGGAGUGUGGGAUAUGUUUUGCACACCGUUCUGUGUUUGUGACUCACCAGAGAGUUCAUGCAGGAGAGAAGCCCUAUAAAUGCUUGGAGUGCGGGAAGCGUUUAGCACUGCAGGGAGAUUUUGUGAGGCAUCAGCGACUUCACACAGGAGAGAGACCCUACAAAUGCUCCGAAUGUGGCAAAAGUUUUGCUCGCCAUUCAAACCUUGAGAACCACCAGAGAGUUCAUACUGGAGAGAAGCCCCAUCACUGCCUGGAAUGCGGGAAACGUUUCACCUGCCAUUCACUUCUUGUGAGUCACCACAGAAUCCACACUGGGGAGAAACCCUAUAAAUGUUUGGUGUGUAGGAAAAGCUUUGCUGAAAGAUCUACUUUUGUAAAACACCAGAGAGUCCACACAGGGGAGAAGCCCUAUCAGUGUCUAGAGUGUGGGAAGUGUUUCGCUCAGCAUUCCAACAUUGUGAAACACCAGCGAAUCCAUACAGGAGAGAAGCCUUUUAAGUGCCUGGAGUGUGGGAAAUGUUUUACACGCCGCUCGUACCUGAUGAUCCACCAGAGCGUCCACACAGGAGAGAAGCUUUACAAAUGCCUAGAAUGUGGCAAAAGUUUUACUCAGAACUCAACUCUGGCGCAACAUAUGAGAGUCCACACAGGAGAGAAGCCUUUCAAAUGCUUGGAAUGUGAAAAGUGUUUUGCUGAGAAGUCGAGCCUUGUGAAACACAGGAGGGUUCACACGGGAGAGAAGCCCUACCUGUGCCUUGAUUGCGGAAGACAUUUCGCGGAUGUCUCAGGCCUUGGGAAACAUAAGCGAGUCCACACAGGGGAGAGACCUUACAAAUGCCUGGAGUGUGGGAAAUGUUUUACUCAGAACUCGACUUUGGCCCAGCAUAAGAGACUCCAUACUGGAGUGAAGCCUUACGAAUGCCUGGAUUGCGGGAAGUGUUUUGCUGAGAACUCGGGCCUUGUGAAACAUAGGAGGGUCCACACUGGAGAGAAGCCCUAUCAGUGCUUGCAGUGCAUGAGAUGUUUUGCUGACAAUUCUGCCUUUGUGAAGCACAAAAGAGUCCACGCAGGAGAGAAUCCCUAUACCUGCUUAGAAUGUGGGGAGAGUUUUUCUCAGCAGUCAGCCUUCGUGAGUCAUCAAGAAAUUCAUUCAUUUGAAGACAUCGGGCAAUUAUAAAAAAAGGUAGAGAAGUGGUAGCUCAAAGCUACCAAAGCAGUCCCCAGACCAGUGUUUCCCAACCUUUUCGAUGUCACGGUACCCUUGACCUCACUCUUCAUAUCUCACGGUACCCCUGCCAUCCCCCCCACCUUCCCUUCCCAGUGCCCCUGCUUGCACC